UUUCUACUUACUUCAACCCCUCCUCUUCCCAUUCUCUUCUUCAAAUCCAUUCUAUUAUCCUCCUCCCUCCCAAUUAAACCACAUCACACACCCUCCCUCCAAAAUGGCCACCAACAUCACCUACCACGCCAGCGCCCUCACCCGCACCGAGCGCAGCGACCUGCGCUCCCAGCGCGGUCUCACAAUCUGGCUGACGGGUCUCUCCGCCUCGGGCAAGUCCACAUUGGCCGUUGAACUCGAGCACCAACUCCUCCGCGACCGCGGCGUGCACGCCUACCGCCUGGACGGUGACAACAUCCGCUUCGGACUCAACAAGGACCUUGGCUUCAGCGAAGCCGACCGCAACGAGAACAUCCGCCGCAUUGCCGAAGUGGCCAAGCUGUUUGCUGAUUCCUCCGCCAUCGCCAUUACUUCCUUCAUCUCCCCCUACCGCAAGGACCGCGACACCGCUAGACAGCUGCACGAGGUGCCCACGCCCGGAGAGGAGACUGGUCUGCCGUUCGUCGAGGUGUAUGUUGAUGUGCCGGUUGAGGUGGCGGAGCAGCGUGAUCCCAAGGGAUUGUACAAGAAGGCUAGGGAGGGUGUGAUUAAGGAGUUCACGGGUAUUAGUGCCCCGUAUGAGGCGCCGUUGAAGCCCGAGGUUCACAUUAAGAACCAUGAGGUGCCGGUGCAGGAGGCUGUGGGGCAGAUUAUUAAGUAUUUGGAUGAGCAGGGAUAUCUGCCUCCUAAGAAGGAGUAGAUUCUUUGAGCAUGGGUUGGGUAUUUAGAGUAGAUAGAUAUUAGAUCUGUUGUUGUAUAUAUGAAUUGUGUUUGACUGCUUACUAUUGCUUGGAUGUUCCUAGGCUGGAUAGAAUAUAGAUCGGGGGGUGAUUGGAGUACUUCUAUGUACGUACGCUAGACAUAUAAACAGGAAGAUAAUAGAUCAACGCAGAAGAAUGAUGCAAACU